UUCACGCUGUUGCUAGGGUUUUUACUAGACAUAUCAUUCCUGCGGAGCAAUAGCCAAUAGGAAGGCAGACGAAGCAGAUCCAUGGCGGUGACCUUGGAGAUCACCAAUGACUAUGGCUACGUCGUCCUCGUCCUCGUCCUUUACAUCUUCUUCAACUUUUGGAUGGCCAUUCAAGUCGGCAAGGCUCGCAGGAAGUACAAGGUCUCCUAUCCCACGCUCUACGCGAUCGAAUCGGAGAACAAGGACGCCAAGCUAUUCAACUGCAUCCAGAGAGGGCACCAGAACGCACUGGAGAUGAUGCCGGCUUUCUUCGUUACGCUGCUUUUGAGCGGGCUCUACUGCCCCAUCGUCGCCGCUGGGCUCGGCGCCUUCUACACCGUCGCCCGCUACUUCUACUUCAGGGGCUACGCCACCGGCGUGCCCGAGAACAGGCUCAAGAUCGGUGGGUUUAACUUCUUAGCGUUGCUGGGGCUCAUGAUCCUGGCGGCGGUCUUUGGAGUUCGCCUCCUUCUCAGCUGAUGAUGCUUUUGCAAAAGGUCGAGUGCUGGCUUUUGCCAAUGGAGAAUAAGUGCAAUGCUGCGCUGUUGAUGUUUCCCUUGUUCGCUCGUUGUACCUUAGACAUUGAUACUUUUGCAAGUUCCUUUCAUCUUUAGCUCUGGUUGAUCCUUCAGAGCACUGGUUGAGAUUCUCAGCGUCAUUCACAGGGCUCUGUUUUGUUAGAUUUGCCUAGAUCGUAUACUUUGUCCAAAUGUGUUGACUUGGAUUAAA